AUGAAUAAUCCACUGAAAGAUAUAAGUAAUAAAGAACUAUCCAAUCGUAGUUCUAAUGUGUUUAAAAGACUUAACACUUCUCCUAUGAGGAGGCCAAAUUAUGCAGGUAUUGAUAAGGCCUCAAGUAGAUUUUCUCCUGGAUAUUUAAACAAUUAUACCUCUCCGAAAGCGCUUCUAGCUCCAGAGCCGGUAGAUGGAAGUCAGAGUUACUUGAGGGUAGAUACAACUCCUUCUUCCCAGUUAAACCAAGUUACAAAGAUUUCUGACGUUAUGUUCCCAAAAUCGCCGAUAAAAAUAGGUAAUGAUGGUUUCAGCAAUACAACAAUUGUGGGAGGAGACGGUUCUCAGAGUAGGAUAAAGAAUAGAUUAUCUCCAAUGAAGGAGCAUAAGUCGAUAAUAUCUACUAACGAUAGUACCUUGAGUCCAACAAGGCAAAAUUUGCUUACAAAAUUACAAAAAGAUGAAGACCUUUCAAAAAUGACCAGAAAGAAUACAAAAAUUAAUUCAGAGUUGGUAACAAAUUUUAAAGUAAGUAAACCGAACGUUGUUACCAGGAGCCGAAGUGUGAAGUUUGAACUUCCCGAAGACAGGAUGAUUUCCAUGGAACUACAAACCCUUAAAGAGCAAAUAAGGGUGUUGUUGGAACGUCAGGAUGAGCUUGAACUGCGAAUAAUGGAACUUGAAAAGGAUAAAAAGGGUUAG